AUAGUACAAAGGCCUUGAUUAAUAUUGAACAAACAUUUCCCAAUUUAUCUUUUCGAUUACUAGACAUUUCAUUUAGCGAUGUACAUACUAAAAUUAAUCAUCGCAAGGCCUAUAUAACUGUUAAUGGUUUGUCAAAAAAAGCUAUUCAAACUGAACUAGAUGCUGGUCCCAAUGCAAUAAAAGAACUCGAGAGCUUUAUGAGUGGUUUUAUUAGUAAAUAUACACCGAAAAGAUAA